AAAAGAGGGAGGAGAAAUAAAGUUUCAUCAUCACUAUUCCAGAAAACAGUCUUAUAAAAACUUCAUGCUCACACUCACUAAAUCUCACAUGCUUGGACAGCUUUCAGUUGUGACUUAUCAGAAUCCGGGCUGGAGGAAGGGAAGGAGAGAGGUUUAUAUCAACAGACAGCUGAGCACUUCAGCAUUUUGGUAUUCUUCUGAUUUACUGGCAAGUUAGGGAAAAGAGAGAGGAAACAGUGUGCAUUGGCCUCCAAUAGCAAUUCUAACCAAACAAUGGGAGUUCAGUCUGAAAACAGCAAAGCUCCAGGCAUCAGCAGUAGCCCCCAAAACUGUCGCACCUGUUACCAGAACAUCUUUUGCAAUAUCAAGGUGUUUGUGAUUUGCCAUGGUCUUCUCCAGUUAUUCCAGCUUCUUUACAGUGCUAACUUCAAGAGCAGCCUGACCACCAUUGAGAAGCGCUUUGGGCUCUCCAGUCUCUCUUCCGGCUUUAUCUCCAGCCUGCAUGAGAUUGGCAAUGUUGCCCUCAUCAUUUUCGUCAGCUACUUUGGCAAUCGAGUUCACCGCCCCCGGCUUAUCGGCUUGGGGGGCCUGCUGCUGGCCCUGGGGGCUUUCCUGGUGACCCUUCCACAUUUCCUCUCUGACCGGUACGAGUUUGCCCAAAUGAACACGGGUAACAAGAAUCACACAAAGGCCUAUCUUUGUCACAAGGAGGAUAUGUUUGUGUGUCCCAGCACCACCCAGGAUUCCCACAAAGAGGCAACCAGCAUGUGGGCAUUGAUGGUCAUUGCCCAGCUGUUAGCUGGGAUUGGAACUGUUCCCAUUCAGCCCUUUGGGAUCUCCUAUGUGGAUGACUUUGCUGAGGCAAACAAUUCUCCACUGUACAUUGCAAUCCUGUUUUCCAUCGCUGUGUUUGGCCCGUCUUUUGGAUACUUGCUGGGGUCCGUGGUGCUGCGGCUUUUUGUGGACAUUGGGAGACCUGACGUGAAUCUCAUAAAUUUGACACCACACGACCAACGCUGGAUUGGAGCCUGGUGGCUGGGGCUGCUCAUCUCUUCAGGCUGCCUGUUACUCAUCUCCAUUCCCUAUUUCUUCUUCCCUCGGUACAUGUUCAAAAGGCAGGAUGCAGGUGCCGAGGCAGACAUGCUGAAGAAGAUAGAGAAGGCAAAGGCUGAAGACGUCUCCCUGACAGAGUUCAUUAAAAAAUUCCCUCGGAUCUUUCUCAAGCUGCUCCUCAACCCCCUCUUCAUUCUCCUGGUCCUGGCUCAGUGCAGCUUCUCCUCAGUCAUAGCUGGUCUCGCCACCUUCCUCAACAAGUUCCUGGAGAAACAGUAUGGCACCACCUCUUCCUAUGCCAACUUCCUCAUUGGAGCUGUGAACCUGCCCGCCGCCGCACUGGGGAUGCUUCUAGGAGGAAUCAUCAUGAAGCGCUUUGGCUUCUCCAUCAAAGCCAUCCCACGGUUUGCACUGGUGGUGCUCCUCAUCUCUGUCCUCUGCUGCCUCCCCCUUUUCUUCAUGGGCUGCCCUACACAAACCAUUGCUGGGGUUUACCCACCCAGUACAUCGAGUUUCCAGUCCCAAGCUAAGUGCCCCACUGGGUGCUCCUGCUCAGAGUACCUCUUUCACCCAGUCUGUGGAGAUGACAACGUGGAGUACAUCUCCCCCUGCAAGGCUGGCUGCUCGGAUUCCGUUAAUUCCUCCACACCCAAGGACAUGAUCUAUGUGAACUGCUCCUGUAUCCACACCAAGAAUGGACAGUCCUCAGCAAAGACAGGUUCCUGUCUGGUCAGCUGUUCCCAUUUACUCCUUCCUGUCAUAUUCCUCAUCUCGUUUGCUGCCCUGGUAGCAUGCUUGUCUCACAAUCCCCUCUACAUGAUGGUAUUACGGUUGGUGAACCAGGAUGAAAAGUCAUUUGCUAUUGGAGUCCAGUUCUUACUGAUGAGACUGUUAGCCUGGUUACCUGCUCCAGCUCUCUUUGGUGUCAUCAUUGACUCCUCCUGCCUCCACUGGAAUAAGCAAUGCAGCAAGCGAGGAUUCUGCGCCUACUACAACAACGACUUCCUUCGUAGCAGAUACAUAGGCCUCCAGAUGGGGUACAAACUCCUUGGCAUUCUGCUGCUGGUCAUCAUCAACUGGCGGUUGAAGAAGAACAAGGAAUACAACGUGCAAGAUAAGGCAGCUGGCCUGGUCUAGCCCUGACCUGCAAAUGGACCCCUGAGUGCACCCUUCCUAGCCUAUCCAUAUUUACUACAGUACUUAGCCUUUUCAUGCUAUUUUGUAAGAAAACAACUCCUUAUUAGCGUCUGAGCUCCACUAUGCAAAUUGCUCUGUAACCCAGCUAUGCAGACCAUGGCGAGACAUCUUUGCACUUCCAAGGAGGGAAAUGGAGAACAAACUGGGCUUUCCAGUGUGGAUUUCCCAGGAUACGUGGAAAAGAGCCGGUGGACGAGAACCCAUGAAGAGACCUAUUUGAGAUCCGAGAGCAAGGUGUUCUCCAGCAGAGCGUCACUCAUCCCCAAAGAAAAGGGGAUGUUAUUUUUGUUUUCUAAGGAGAAAUAGAAGAGGGGUCUGGCCUGUGAGGAGGAACCCCUGGACUGCCCCAAGAGCAUCUAGCCUCUUGGAAGAAUUUGAACAUGCAGGAAUGGCAAGUGGGAAAAAUUCUACUUGGGGUAAAGCAGUUACAGCUGCUAAAGCCAUGUGUAUAGGCUGGGGGAGGGGGGAGGAGUGAGAGCCCUGUCCCACUGCUCCAGAAAUUCCUGUCCACCCACUGUGUCUGUGAAAGAGCUUGCUUCAGUCCAAUGUAUUCUGUCCCAUGCCAUGUAUGCUGUGCCUGGCCUGGCGGGGGGAGCAGAGGAGGGAGGGGGACCAGUCAUGGCAUUAGCAUCAAAGAAAUUUAUAAUCUCUGCUCAGAGAUCUAUUCCCCUCCACCUCACACACAGGCCAACGUGGACACAGGUAGAUGAACUGUAUAAAGUUAGUGCUAGUAGUUUAUUUUGCAAUGUCACAUUUUUAAAUAAAACCCACGUUUACUA